AGUUUUUUGUCUUAGUCCGUUGUAGACGUGCGCUAAUCAUGUUCGGAACUGGAUUGAACAUGACAUCGUUCUUUUGAGUGUCGGAACUAGUUCCAGUAAACAUGUUCGCGGAACUGUUUAGUUCCACGAACAUGUUAAGUCUAGUAGCUGUUUGUAGUUUGUAGCUGUUUAGUUCCGCGGACAUAUUAAGUCUAGUAGCUGUUUGAAGCUGUUUAGUUCCGCGGACAUGUUAAGUCUAGUAGCUGUUUGUAUUGUAGCGAAUCACGUAUUAAGUUAUUAUUAAUUACACAAUAUUUUUCAAAAAAGGUAUUAAAAAUACAAUUUUUUAAAAGCGCUAUAUAAAAAUAGAUUGCCGAUUAUGGCAAUUAUUAUUGUAAUUAUUAUUUUGUAAGGUUUUUAGUUUUAGGUUUAUUGUUACAGCUGGUUGCAUAAUUUAUUAAUGUACUGUAAUUACUUUGUCAUAAUUUCAAUUACUCUACUACUUUUAUUAUUUUUCAAUGUAUUGUACGAUGCACCGGAAACUAUAACCUAUCAAUUGUUAAUUAAAAUACCACGUUAUUCUGAUAUACAACGUAAAUUGAGCUCGUUGUAGCCUUACAACCUUUUUCCCAUAACCGAGAUACCGAAUAGCGAAAGUGGUGAAUGUUUUAAAAUUCUCUAAUUUUGAAUUAUGAUUUUCUAAGAAAUGGUCUACAAACACUUAAGGUUAAGUGCUCGUAGGAAUGAUGCAUGGUCAAGGUCAAAAUCCAUAGCAAAACAUUUUAAUUUAUUCAACUAUCGACUGUAACACGUAGGUCGUAGAGCAUAACUUCAAUAUUAAUAAAAAUGUAAUAUGAAAGAGCUCCACACGCAGUUUCAUGCACUCGCUCCAUCUCACUCCCUCGUAUUCGAGCCAUAUGUCGCCUUAUCUCUUUACGUGGACUCGUGUCGGUUCGAGACUCGUUCGGGUGGACUCGCCGCGCCACGCCUCCGCGCCGCGCGGUACCUAUGCUCUAAUCAUGUCCGCAUGUCCGUCAUGUUCAACGCGUUCGUAGUUCCAUACAUGUACACUUGGAAUGGAAAUGGAACUGUCUGAACAUGUUAAUUUUGACAACUCGGAUUGAAUGAUAUAGUUCCAUAUGAGGACAUAGUUCCAGGAACUAUUUAGGUCCGGAACUACGCAUGUCUAGUCCGUUGUUAAUACGAUAACUUGACCAUUUACUUAAUUUUUUUUAAAUAUUUGUUCAGAGUUAGGAAACCUUAUUUUGAUAACUUUUAACAUAUUAUGUUUUCAGAAGUAGUUUAAAAACAUAAUAUGAAUUUAACGUUAGCAUUAUUAACGAGGUGCGUUAAACGGGAGCUUACAUAAAACUCACUUAAAUUUUAUACAAACAAAGUAAUUGAUAAAAAUGGAUUGGAUUAUUUCCGAUGAGUUGGGGCUCACUGUGGGCCAUCUGGUGGGCUUUGGAGCUGCUGGUGCUAUGAUAAUAGGAGGUGUCGCUCCAUAUAUCCCUCAAUAUAGACAAAUUAAAAAGACGCAAGAUGCUGAAGGAUUCUCUUUGUAUGUGUGUUUAGCUCUUCUAAUAGCCAACACUUUGAGGAUAUUGUUUUGGUUUGGAAAACGUUAUGAAUUACCCUUGUUAAUUCAAAGCAUUGUAAUGAAUGUGACUAUGUUUGUUAUGAUUCAUCUUUGUGUGUCAGUUCGAAAAAAGAACCAGAUUAUCAGAGCAAGAGAAAGAAUAUUCACAGAUGCAAUAUUCAUGUUAUAUAUACUGUUAUGUUGUGUGAAUGGACCAGCUCAGCCGGAUGAGACAGCACGCUGGCUGAAUCAGCGCAGCGGUAUCUCUGGUGGAGAGAAACCCCAUCGUUUCUAUGAUAUGGAAAGGAAGUACUUCUGGGCGUGGACAGACUUCCAGAGUUACGUGGACUGCAUGCUCGUUUUCUCGGUAUUGGGCGCGGCUGUCACAUAUCUCUUGAUAGAGUUCUCUCCGUUCGUGGAGUUGAUUGGCUUCAUGGCGGUUUUCACUGAGGCUAUGCUCGGUGCACCACAAAUAGCCAAGAACUUACAGAAUAAAAGUACUGAAGGAAUGAGUGUCAGCAUGGUGAUAAUGUGGACGUGUGGCGACAUUUUUAAGACUGCAUACUUUAUUAUUAGAGAGGCUCCAACGCAAUUCUGGGUUUGUGGCGGCCUACAAGUCUUCCUUGAUGUCGUUAUUUUAUUCCAAGUGUGGUUAUACCGUCACAACACGGCGGCGGCUCGAAGGUUGCGGCGAGGCGACUAACAGUGGACCGAGACCGACUUAUAGCGCUCGCAUCGGUCACCCCUAACGACAAACAGUGCGCUUAGUGCGAGUUUUUUAACGUUCUCGAUAGCGUAAAAGUUAACUCAAAUUUGUAUAGAGCUGGAACAGCGCUCCUAGCGGCAAACGUAGGCAAACGUACCAAUUCCACGCUCCUAGCGGCAAACGUUCCAACUCCAUACAAAUUUGUGUUAACUUUUACGCUAUCGAGAACGUUAAAAAACUCGCACUAAGCACACUGAACGUAUCUUUCAAUGAAGCAUCAACUGGGAUGCAUAUGACAAAUGAUCAUGAUAACAAGUGUAAAACACAUUAAGUAUGUAAUAAUUAGUACCAAGCGACAACCCUAGUGUAAGGGAUGUUAAAUCGUAUGUUGCUAAAUGUAAAUAAUUAUUUGUCAUAUUUUUUUUCCUCGAAAGUAUGUUUAAAUUUCAUGUACAGUGUGUAAGAGAACCGUUCGCGUUGCCAAAACUAUUUUAGCUGGACAUAAAUUAAAACUAUGUUUUUUUUGGUUAAUGAAAACAUCAUUAUUGUUACUAUAUAUUUGUAUAGGGAAAUCCGACGUGAUGCUCCAGUCCUAAAAGCCAUAGAGUAUAUAUUAAUAUGUACCUAAUACAUUACUUGGAUGACUUGUUAAAUUAAUUAUGUCGUAGAAUAAAAUUCAAACCGCAUGUUUUAUAAAAUCUGCUAAGGGUUAUUUUGUGCCCUUACAGAUAGAUAGAUAUAUGGCACCUAUAGCUCAUUCUGCCGCUAAGCUGUCGUGCGUUCCUGUGGAAUAAAGCAAAUGAGACCUUAUGUCUUAAGCUGGAUUGUCGUAUUCGGCUUGUGUUGCUUAUUGGCUUUCAUAGCCACUUAACAUCAGUAAGCACAACUAAAGCUCAAAAAUAAGUCUCACAAGCCAGCAAUUUAAAGCGUACAAAACUUUUAAACCUUAUUUCUACUACUAGAAAAGACAGCUCCAGAUAAAUAAAUACAAAUUAAUAUCCUGAAAGUGAUGUUUUUAGCAAAAAAUAAAUACCACUUUAUGUCGAGAUGUGUUAAGGUAUAUAAUACGCAUUUCGUCUUCGGGAACGUUUCUCUAACACACACACACACACACACACUUUAUAGUAUUUGUUACCUAUUGGAUCAAUGAAGUCUUCUUAAGAAGUUGAUUUUUGACAUACUAACUGAAAAUUGUGUACUUCCAUUUAACACAGCAUGUUUACUUCCAAAUUUAAAUGAUUUUUUUUUGUAAUGACACAAAGUAAUGUUAAAAAUAGAUGCUUUUCAUCUUGUCGCGUAUCCGGUUACGGUGCUAUAGGUCUGUGCCUAAUAAUCGAAGAGGUUCAUUAAAUUCUAAUUAAAAUGUUUUAGAUUUUAUUAGUAGACAUAAUAUGUUGACCAAUGUUAUUCCUUUUUCUUGUUUAUAAUUAGAAAGAAGAAAAAAAAUACUAGUCGUAAGAAUUAGACGCGUCGCGAUACAUAGCUUUAGCUUUUAGAAUUCAGUGUCUUCUCUGAGCAAUAUGAUCAAUGUACGCACGGAAUUACUUGUAUCUCUUAAAAUAGGUAAUGCUAUUCAACCGUGGGCGAGAGCGUUAGGUUAAUUAAAAUUGACGCAAAUGUUUUAAAUUCAAGAAAUCCCCCGAAAAUAUAAUCGUAAUAAUGUUGUAAAUUAAAAGUUUGCAAUGAUUUCAGUAAAUUUACAAUGUAUAAUGAUUUAAUAACUGAUAAGCUUAAAUAUAAUACAAUCCACGUACGACAGGUGGCGUUCGAGUAGUUUUAAUAAUAUUUUUUUGUUUUCAAUGCAAUUACAGUAGAAUUAUUUUGCCCGUGCAGUUUGGGUCAUAAAACAUAGCCCGGCUAGGGCAGAGAACAUGUUGCGCGGCGCAACGCCAUUAUCGAUAAAAACAAAUGAGUCAUCGAAGGCAGGUACACGGCGGCGGGGUGGUAUACGAAGGGUGGUGAGACAUUAUUAUGUUAAGAGUCAUUUGUACUUACCUGCAAAUUAUAGUACAUUAUGUCGAAGAGAAAUGUGUUUUUAUGCAUUCGUUCUCUGAAUUUCUUUAGUGACACAAUGGCUACUCCUUUGUUUUGUAUCAUAACGGCAGAAUUUAUUCAAAAUAAUAUUUGCCGUGUUGCUAUCAACAAUGUGUUAAAACUUUUCACUGAAAUAAGAAUAGAUCCCGAAAAGUUACAAAGUGUUAAUUUCUGCCGUUCUCAUUAACUUGCUGCGGCGAUUUGUGUUGUAAGUAUUCCAUUAGUGAUUUUUGCUUUCAUUUUUAUCACUAACCCACAAAAUGACAAAACUAAAUACAGUAUAGAUAACGCUUAUCGACAACAAUAAUGCGCAUCACUAUGCCCGUCCAUAAGGCUCGUGAGUGGAAGGGAGAGCGAAAUACUCGCUUCACCGCUCCGAUUUUUUAUUACCCAAACUGCACGGACAAAAUAAUUGUACUAUACUUAAAGUCACAGCCGAGUCUGAUCUAGUUGAACUGUAGUAUAUAAAACUAUAGAUGUCUUUGAGCAGUCUAAAAAUAACAGAAUACUACAAAUGAAUAAGUUCUGUAUUGUAUUUUGAGAGCCGUAGAGUACAUAUUCAGGUGCAAUAAAAGCAUUUUUGAAAUAAUUGUUAUUAGGCUAAUUAUUAAUGAAAGAUUAUUAAUUAGAUUCCAUAAAAUUAUAAUGAGAUGCAUUUGAUUGUUUUUACAUAUGCCAUUUUGACAUAGAUUAUCAAUUUAUUAUCGCCGUAUCAGAUAAGUAAUUUCGUGCCAGUUAGUGCUCACGGUUGCAAGUCUGAUUGCUUGGAUUAACAAUAGCAAUAACUGCAUUUAAGGUUAGGUUCGCCUAAAAAAUAAAAUAGGAUAGAAAAUAAAAACAAAUACGUACUUUAGUGACUGCUGUGGAAUUGUAUGUAAUGAGGGAUAUUCUGUGGUAUAUUCGGAGAUCUAGUUAUGAGAUACAUUCUAAAUGUUGUUCAUUGUGAUAUGGCUGCAUGUAAAUAACAAGUACAAGUUAAUGGUAAACUAUUAAUUUUAAUAUUACUCUUUUCUUUUUGUUUUUUAAUUAUUUUUGUUUUUUUUUGUAACGGUGACCUUCCGGACUUUCGCUGUUUUGUUACGUAUUUAUCAUAUUAAAAUUGUUAUCAAACUAACAUCAGCGCAUAAACAUCAAUUAAUGUAUCACUAAAAAAAAACAUUUGAAUAACAGAAACCUCGGUAAUAGAAAAACGACUUCUAUAUUUAAAAUGGUUCCAAUCGUUCCCAGUUCCCAAAAAAAUAUUGAAAAAUAAUAAUAUUUUAAAUAAACAUAAAAUAUAAGCCACGUUCAAUAAGAAGCUAUGAGCAUAUAUUAUAUUCUUUACGGUGCAAUAUGGCGUAUAAUAUAAACUUUGUUUUUUAAAAAGUAAAAUUUUGACGCGGAAAUAGAUAGGGAUCAUUGAUAUAUUAUAAUUGUUAUGGGACCGAUUAUUUAAUGAAUUUGUUAAUCAAUUUAAAAUAAACCUUACAUAUGCAAAAUGAUUUAAUAGUUUGAUGAAAACUAAAAAAAAAACACUUUUUUUUAGAUAUUAUGGUCUGGCAACGAGACCUUUUAGCCAAAUUUAUUUCUUCCUGUAUUCCGAUAUAUAAAAAAUAAUAUGAAUCGGAAAGGGAUGAAGUUGAUUAAUUUGAGAAUUUAAUCAAUUGGGAAGAAACAAAGUCUCGGUGAUGUGGUGGUUACUUAUUGACUUUCUCAGGAGACUUCGGAAGAAGCUGCGUCAAGCGGCUUUCCUUCUUUUUCCCGCAUGUGUGCACUUUUACAGAUGCUAAACAGUUAAUAAACCACUGUUAAUACACACUUAAACAUGAAGAAACAGCAAAUUAAAAAUAAUAUAACAAUCCAGUCAACUUCGUUCCCGCCAAAAAGUCAUAAAUUACUAAACGCUAAAUAUUACUUUAGUAGCUAUUACAUCAUGUACUUUGACGAUUUAUUUUAUAGAAAACAAAAUAUUAUUUUGUAAAUAAACUGAUUUAAGGAAUAUGAUAAAUAAACUUAGAUGUAAGUACAAAACUGUGAGCAUACAGUAUUAUUAAAACAUAACAUUUCAAUCACUGAAUUACUUGGAUAUAUUUUCCACUGUCCAUUCGUGAAAUAGUUUGGAAAUUACAAAUUAAUUUCACUUUUAUAUAUACAUUCCAUAAUAUUUCCAUUAAUGAGGAAUAAAGUACAAAACAAACGAGUGAAACAUAAAAAAUGGUGAUUGUGAUCGUAAUAAUAUGUACUGACGAAAAAAAAAAACCAAUGAUUAAAUGAAAAUGUCUCUUUACUAAGAAAUAAUGCAAGUCAAUUCUAUAUGUUUUUGUUGAUAUCAAAAUAACCUAUCGACUGUUUUAAGAGGAUUUGUAACUAUUAUAACAAUAAAUCAAUUGGUAUUUAUGGUAUUUGGAGCUAAGUGUUGAAUAUAAAUGGGUUAUGUUAGCAGUUUCAGUGUUGUGUUUUGUUUAUAUCGUAGUUGUGAAAGUCCAUUACCAAUUCCUCAACAUAGUCGAUCAAUUCAACCGAUAAUCCAAAUUCCAUUAAAAUUUGGUGAAAAUAGAUUAACCCAAAAACUAGCUAAACAUAAAAGACAAAGUUUUUACAUUUAAUAAUAAUAAAUACCCUUUAAACGAUGAAGUAAACAGUAAUUUGUUGUAAUGAACGCAGGCGGCAGGCGCCUCGUGUAAGGGUUGUUGACCUCCGAUUUCUGUACGGCUCACAUUGCGGUUUGACGAAAUUCUAGUUUUAGAAAAAAAUGUACAUCCCGCACUCGUGAUAUCGGCAGUUAAUUGUUUUAUUUACGUUGAAAUAAUGCUUUUUUUAUUUCAAGACAAGCAUAGUCAAUGACCCCUCUAUUAAUAAUUCUUCUAUUAAUAAUAGUCGAUAAUUUACUCUUCUGCCAUUUAUGAAGUGAACUUAUUCAAAUAUAUCUUUAUUUAUCUUUUGUUAAAUUUUGAGAAAUGCAUAAUCUACUGCUAAUAUAACCACGAAGGACGGAAAGAUAUAUAACAUGCGACGAAACAUAUCAUUUAAUUUAUAUUAAAGUAAUUUUAUUUAUCAUUUAAAUUUAAAUUUUGAUAUGUAUCGGUCAAUUAUUGAAUAUAACUAUUAAAUUAUUGUUGUAUGUGUUAUUUACCAUUUGUAUUGACGAAGGUACGUAAAAACGUUGUUAUUAUAAAUAAUAUCAUAUGAAAUAAAGUUAUCGUUUGUUA